UUUCCAUUCACGCGCUGCGUGGAAAGUGGGAUACCAAUAAUGGUGUAAAAAAAACAGCACAAUUCCCUAGAAGAGGAAGAGCUUCCUAAAAGAAACGUCAGUAGCAGCUAGCUAGGCUGAUUGAUUUUCUACUUCUUGACUCGCCCUGGACUCACCAAACGUAUUAACUCAUUGAGUUGAUGAUGGGAUCGGCGGAGGAGAAAAGAAUCGAGGAUGAGCUUUCGUAUCCGAUUAUGCUAGCUGAGCGAGUUCGGGCGGCGGCGGACGAGGCGGAGUCGUUUAAAGUUGAUUGUGGGGAGGUGGGGAAGCUAGUAGAUCGGCUUUCCCAAAUGCUUCGAACCCUGGUCCGCUCCACCACCUCGGUUCAAUCCCUCUACGAACGCCCGAUUCGCCGGGUAGUCUCCGAGGUCUCCAAGAAUCUAGAGCGAGCCCUCACCUUAGUCCGAAAGUGCAAGAGGCAGAGCAUCUUGCGUCGAGUCGUGAGGAUCACGAGUGCCACCGAUUUCCGCAAAGUGUUGAACCUUCUGGACGCUUCCAUCGGCGACAUGAAGUGGCUCAUGGGAGUCCUCGACACCGAGAACAACGGUACUGCCAGCGGAAUCUUCCUUUCCCUCCCCCCGAUCGCUAGCAACGACCCGAUUAUUUCCUGGGUUUGGUCUUACAUCGCCACCGUCCAAAUGGGCCAAUUAACCGAUCGAAUUGAAGCUGCUAAUAACCUCGCGUCUCUCGCUCGAGACAACGACCGAAACAAAAAGAUAACCGUCGAAGAAGGCGGCAUCCCUCCUUUGUUAAAGCUUCUCAAAGAAAGCUCUUCAGCGGAUGCCCAAAUCGCAGCGGCUAAUGCGCUUCUUGUUUUAGCAAACGAGCAGGAAAGAGUUAGGAGUAUUGUCGAUGAAAUGGGGGUUCCAAUUGUGGUUCAAGUGUUGGGAGAUUCCCUUAUGAAGGUUCAAAUUCCGGUAGCAAAACUAGUGGUGAGAAUGGCGGAGCAUGACCCUGUGGCUCAAGAGGAUUUCGCCAGAGAGAAUGUGAUUAGGCCGUUGGUCACUUUGUUAUCGUUCGAGACUUUUGUGGAAGAUUCUAAGACACAGUUGGGUAAGCAAAGCAUUCAUUCUAUAGUUCAGAUCAAUAAAGAAAUGGAGAAAUUUUCUUCUGCUGGAUCGACUUCGAGAAACUAUAGUUAUAGACCGUAUUCGAACUCCUACUCGAAUUUGCAUAUGGAAGGGAGUAGUAGGGGAGGAAAUCAUAGGAAAGAAAGAGAAAAUGAGAAGCCUGAAGUUAAACUUCAGUUGAAAAUUAAUUGUGCUGAAGCUUUAUGGAUGCUUGCUAAGGGCAGUGUUUCAAACAGUAGGAGGAUAACUGAGACAAAAGGAUUGCUUUGCUUGGCUAAAUUGGUGGAGAAGGAACAAGGUGAAUUGCAGUAUAAUUGUUUGAUGGCAAUAAUGGAGAUUACAGCUGCUGCUGAAUCCAAUUCCGAUCUUAGACGUGCAGCUUUUAAGACGAAUUCACCCGCUGCUAAGGCUGUUAUCGAUCAGCUUUUAAGGGUGACCAAGGAAUUGGAUAGUCCUAUAUUGCAAGUUCCUGCUAUUAGAUCAGUUGGUUCAUUGGCAAGGACUUUCCCGGCUCGGGAGACUCGAGUGAUCGGUCCUUUGGUGACACAACUUGGUAAUAAGGAUCAAGAAGUAGCAGUGGAAGCUGCCAUUGCAUUGCAGAAGUUUGCAUCUCCAGAGAAUUUUCUCUGUAUGGAUCAUUCAAAGUCGAUAAUCGAAUUCAACGGUAUUCCACCUUUGAUGAGAUUGCUUAGAUGCGGUGACAAGGCACAACUGCCCGGAGUAGUUCUGCUCUGCUACCUCGCUAUACAUGCUGGUGAUAAUGAGGCUUUGGAACAAGCUAGGGUUUUGACUGCCCUCGAAGGGGCAGACCGAACAGUGGUUGGGCAACAUCCUGAUUUGAAAGAAUUGGUGACAAAGGCCAUAUAUCAGCUCAACCUUUAUCACAAGGGAGUCCAUCCGCAGAGGCAAUUGUUUGCACCAUGAAUGUGCACCCAACAUUUUUAAGUUGUUCUGCUUAUGUUGAUUUGAACUUUUGGAAGGCAAUCUGAAAGGACAUUCACAAAUAUACACAUUGGGAUCAGCUAGAAAAAGGAAAAGAUAAAGAGUAGUGUUAUCAAAGUAAACAGGCUUCUGCUUAAGUAUCCGCCGCUGACAGCAAAGACUAUUCUCUUCGCUGUGGGUGCUUUCCAAAAAGAUAAACAGCUGACCAUGAAAUGUGCUCUUUUCUCAUGAGCAGAGAUCAAACUCCGGAUUACAUGGUUAAGAGAUGAGGUGAGCAAUCAUCACACCUCAACUCAUGCAUAACUUGUUUUGACUUGGAGACUAGAAUAUGAUCCUGUUUUUUCUACUGUGGAUGAGCAGACUAUGUUUUUAGAACAUUGCGGUGGGUAAUAGAUAAAAAUUUUUCCCUCGGUCAUUCAUUUUCUUUUCAACUGACUUUUGUAGUGGGUUUUUACUUCAUCAACAAGAUAAGGUUUGUCCUAAUCCCAGAUUGUUCAUAUCCCUUGUUCUUUGUCCCUUCUUCUGUAGAGGUAUCCGAUGAAGCUGUCGGAGUUUUAGAAACAGGUGGUGCGGGUGACCUGAUGGAAUAACUUAAUGGUUGGUUUAGAGGAAUUUCAGUUCCUCUAAUGCAAGAAUUUGGAACAUGAAUGGUUAAAUCGUUGGAACCAAAAGGAAAACAAACAGUGAUAAAUUCUGUCAUGCAUCAAAGCUUAAGAAAACAAUCAAAAGGAAGAGGCAAUUUUACGGUUAUUUGAGAGUUUAAUUCAGCCUUUUAUUAAUGAAAUCGUUUAAUUUA